AUGCGGGCUCGGCCGCGCGGUGAGCGGGGCGGGAACGGGAGACCGCCUGAGCGGGAUGGCCGGGCCAACCGUCAUGGCCACGAGCGUCAGGGCGACCGUGCCCGAGGCCUUCAUGGUGCUCCAGCUGAGGAUGAGGGUGGUGGAAGAGCAAACCAGCACACUGGUGCGACACCCGGAGGCUCUCGGCGUCGAUGGGCAGAGACUUCAGAAACACCUGCUAGUCACCCAGCCAUUAGUCCUGUGCAGGCCAGGGUGGCAUUUGUGGGAGAAAAUACGCUGUGGAAAAACUGUGAAACGCUGGUGAAUCAAAUGUGUCAGUUAGGGAGUGUUGUACGGGCACUGAAUUUAAACGUCUUCCGCCUGCAGACAGAAAAGGAACUGAAUCCAAAGCAUGCAGCCCAGUUGGAGCAGUGCCUGAAUGCAAUCCAUGAGGAGCAUUUGCAGGAAAUGAAGAUUGUACAGCAAGAAGCAAUGAAGUUGGACCAACCCCGAAGCGAUAUGAAAGAGGCUGAAGAAGAGGCAAAAGAAGAAGUUCAGAGGCUGAGUACUGCUCUGGAGAUUACAACUGCAUCCAAGAUGCAUGUAGUGACUGCAGCUGAGGAACUGAGGAACACAGAACAGAAAAUUAACUGUAGGCUUCAGGAGCUAACAGAACAGCUGUCCCAGGAGGUCAGCCCGUGGGAGUCUUUGGAGGAGUCCCAAGCAGCUGUGAUGUGCCAUGUACAGGACAUGGAAACAACAGUAGAAGUAGAAUGGAAGCAGGUACAGAUAUUACAGCAGGACUGCCAAGAGUUGUGUAAAGAUGUCCAGCUAGCCCAAGUGAGGCUGCAAGAGGAGGAGGAGGAGGAGGAAAGAACUGCCCAACUAGAGCAACAGUGCACACAACUGAAAGCUGAACUGGGCGUGACAGUGGGUUAUUGUCAUACCUUUUUAGCCCUUGUCUCCCUGCUUCCGCACCUGUGGCAGGGGUAUCAGUCAACAAGAAUGGGGGGCAGCUUAAGAGACUCCAGGAACUGUAUCACUUCCCAGCUUGGUGAAGAAGCAAAAAAUGCACAGCUGUCCUUUAGCAAACAAUGCAAAGAGAACCUGCAACUUCAGUCUAAAAUGACCACCAUGUGAGAAACAGCAGAGAAAGUACAGGUGCUAAAUGACCACUUAAGUCAGCAAUGCUCAGAGCUCAGCACCAUGCUCCAAAGUGUUGCCAUGGAGAAUGCUAAACUCAUUUCAGAUCAUGAGACCAUGCCUAAGAACUCCAGCUUGGCUAUUUUGUCUUUCUUCAGGGGCGCCUUGCAUAUAGAGCAUGGCAAAUACAGGCAGAAAGCAAGCCUUGCUGAGGAGGCAGCAACCACACAGAGACAGCUUUUGGAAUAUACUGUUGCUAGACUGCAAGGUGAACUUGAGACAGCUUUGCAAGAGAAGGCAUCUCUGCUGGCAGAAAAGAAAGAUCUUCAACAGGAGUUACAGAAAACUUACUGUGUUAAAGCUAUAUUCUUGAAGGCUGCUUUUGGACCCACGUUGCUAGAGUUCUUAUUUACAUACCAGUUCUGCUUUCAGAAUAUUUUUUUGCUAUUGCAGUGGCAAAUAAGGACAACAGCAAAUGAAACCAUACAGGAAAGGAACAAAUUGGAAGUAGAAAAAACAGAGAAUGAGCCAGAAACGGUUUCAAUGAAAUUCAGUUUGCAAACACUAGAGGAAAAGAACAAGAGGCUAUUGGAUCACUUGGCUGCACUAGUACGUGAGCAGUAUGCCCAGCAGCAGGUGCAACAGGUGCUGGCAGAGCUGACUGACAGCAAGAAUAAACUGACCUGUGACAAAGGAAAACUUCAGGUACCUCUCAGCAUCCUAUCUGUCAGCUCAAAAGGAAAACUCCUUUUUUUAUGUUCAUCUAAGAUAAGGUUGUUUAACCUUAGCUCUUCAGUACUUAAUUUGGAGGGAAGUGCUUAUUUAUCUUCUCUACUUAAUUUAUUUGUGUGGUGUCAAGCAUGUGUAUUAAGAGAGUUCUGUAUCAAAAUCAUCUUCAAUCCUGCCCAUACUGCCUUUGGGUCACAAGAUGCUGUUGAUGUAGCUUCUCUAGGAUUUGUGAUGGCAGACCUGCAGCACCAGCUGGACGCAGGAAAGGAUGACAACAGUAAGGCAACAGCCAUGCUGGAGCACGUGUUAGCUUCUCAUAACAAGAUGCAAGCAGCUCUGGCUGUGGUACAAACUGAGCUGGGACACAAGGACACUGAAAUUGGCAACCUCAGAAAAGACAAGAGCCAGGCUCAACAGAAAAUACAGGUGCUAGAAACAGAAUUGGAACAUUGCCGAGCCAAACUGGUUGCCAUGGGAAGGCAGCACAGCAGCCAGGUGGAACCACUUUGUAAGACACUAGAAAGUGCUAGAACAGACAACAAGAAACUUGUUCUUCAUUCGGAAGAAGUUCUGCAGGUCAAUAAUACCCUGCAGAGCAAGCUGGUCCAAGCUCAAUAUGAACGGAAAAGUAAAGAAACUGAGCACCAACAGCUGAUAGUCUGCAGGGAACAGUUAAUGGAAAAAGCCAAGACUGAGGAAAAGAUGUAUGCUGAACAGUUAGAGUCUUUGAAGAAGCAGUUUCAAACUGAACAAGAGGCUUCCAGGAAAGCUGCCUGUCAAGAAUCUGCUGAGAUAAAGAAAUCCCUUGAAGAAUCCUCCUCCAAAUUGGCUGAAGUUUCCUGUGCUAACAGGGAGCUGCGGCAGAAAUUAAUAGAGCUGGAAGAGUCAUUGUCCAGUUACAAGGAAAAGCUAAAAAGCCAAAGAGCUCGAAUCAGACGAUGCCUGACGUAUAAAACUAAGACAGAAAGGGUAAAGGAGACUGAAUCUGAACUGAGGAAAAUGGAAGCAAUAAACGAGGAGUAUCAGAAGAAUUAUGAACAAUCACAGGACAUCAAGAAAUUUGUGUCAGACUUGAAAAGUGUGCAGAGCAAGAUGCAAGUGUUGUUGAAAAACCAACAUGAAAUGCAAGUGCAGAACAGGCAGCUGGAGACCCAGGUGGAAGCAGAGAGAAGACAAAGGCAACAGCUGGAAAACAAAUGUCAGAAACUGGAAAAAACAGUCAAACAUCUGAAGAAAUAUAAAGUGGAGACAGAACAGAAACUGAAGGAAGCCAGCAUAGAGUCAGAACAGAUCACAACUAGCCUAGAAGCAGCUCACCGUUGGUUCAAAUCUAAGUUUGACAGCCUGCAGCCCGAAGUUGUGAAAAACCACCAGCCAAAGAACCCUGAAGAGAGCAGCUCUAAAAAGGACGCAAAGAAAGCAAGCACAUUCAUUUCAAAGAGGGAAGCAAAGAAAAUAGUAAUGACAAAGAUUCCCCAGUCAGUCAUCAGCUUCAUAAAACGUUGCAUCUUUUCCCAGGAGCAAAAGCAACAAGAGCUUCCCACUCACACCUCCCUGGACAGCAGGGCAAGGACCCAAGGCCUCCAGCUCACCACCAGGAAGGCCCACGUGAGCUGGGCAGGAAAUGAGCUCACUUGACUGGUGAU